CUGGUGGUCGGGAAAUGUCAAAGAGAGGCCCGUGCCGCAGCAAGGGGGCGUUACGGGGGGAAAACAACUGCCUUUAUUGUUGUAUUUUCACGCAUUUCGCUUUUUCUUAGUAUUGCCACUAGAAUAAGCAUCAAAAACGACCACCACGCCGACCGACAAGUCCGAUGGUGUAGCAUCCAGCGUAGACUGCUGUUCGCAUCCUUCAUCUCUCUCGUCUCGUAUUGCAAGCAUUGCCAAACAUGUGAGUAGCAACCGCAGCUGAAUUGUUCUGCAGUAGCCUAAACAUGUUUUGAUUCUGCUGGUAGGCUACAGCGCGAGUUCGAUCGCAUCCUGCUCUCAUUCAUCUCAUUAGUUGGCGUGAAUAUGCUGUGUUUGAUGCACAAUAGUUACUAGCAUCCAGCUGCAAACGGUUAGUGGUAGUGUAACACUAACGUUGAUACAAAGGCUGGAACACAGCGAACCUUCUCCUAGAACACCGCAAGUAUUGCUUUUACUGGUUCGACUUGUACUUUGCUUUUCUGUCUGAGCAUUAGAAAAGCUAGCCCCGCAGAUUUGUUCUGCAUUUCUCCGUUUUUUCGACUGAUUCUUGGCGGUGAUGUGCUACAAGACGUUCAAGUUGCAUCUAUUUGUCACUCAGUGUCUAUUCGAGAGACCUGCCGCACGAGAUUCGGAUGUAAGCUUCUGGGUUAUUGCAUGAUCUGCAGAAAGAAAGAAAAAACCCACACAAAUUUCCAGGUGCCCAAAGUCCUGCAUAACAGACUUCAGAGAAUCAGAUUUCAGGAAAAAUGAAACAUUUGUGCCCUGGAACUGGAUGCUCUUACCAGCACACCCCACUUCCACCAUGACACCCAGCAGAGGAUUCUGGGAUUGACACAAGCAUCACUCCCACUGAUGGCCUGGACCAGGUUUCAGCUGGCCUGCUGAAGCUAUGGGGAGCUGCUGGAGCUGUCUAUAUAGAGACGCUCUCCGAGACAACCAUCUCAACAAAUUUAAGGUGACUAAUGUGGAUGAUGAGGGAAAUGAGUUGGGCUCAGGAACCAUGGAGCUCACACAGACAGAGCUCAUCCUGCACACACGUAAACGUGAUGCCAUCCGGUGGCCAUACCUUUGCCUGCGUCGAUACGGUUACGAUUCCAACCUCUUCUCUUUCGAGAGUGGCCGUCGAUGUCAGACAGGACAAGGGAUCUUUGCAUUCAAGUGUUCUCGUGCAGAAGAGAUCUUCAACCUGCUGCAGGAGUUGAUGCAAUGUAACAGCAUCAAUGUGGUGGAGGAGCCCAUGAUCAUGACCCGGCCUGGGCAUGCACCAGAGAUGGACAUGCCUCGAACUCCACAGACACCCAAUACCCCUGCAUUCCCGAUGCAGGGUUUUCCUAAUGGAUACCCAGGAUACCCAAUGAGUGCAGACUCAUCGCAGCCCUCUCUCACGAACGAUCACAGACACAGCCUCAUGGGACUGGAAGACCAAACCCAUACAUAUGUGAAUACAGUGGGCAUGGAAACAGACCUCUCAAGCCACCACUGUGUCCACUCCCUGCCCGAAGUGCGGCCCACCACCUACCCGGAAACCUCAACUACCACCACCAUACGUGGGGGCCCAGUCCCAGGCCAGCCCAGCAUGCACUGUUGCUCCCUGGAUGACCCUCACAAAGACCCUCAGGUCUUCCUCCAGCCUGGAGCCCAGGAGGUGAAGUUCAUGUUAGGUCCGACCCCAGCACAGCGCCACCUUAUGGAAAGAGACAGAGAUCGCCAUAUUACUCACCCCCUUCGAGCACCAGAUGGCAACUCCGGAACAGAAGGAGAGGAGACUCCGACUGUACACAUGUGCAACACACACUCUUACCACCAUUGCCAUCAUCUAAUCCACCGACACCCUAGCAUGGAGCCUUGUCCGGAAAGCCAGCUGACAUAUGAGAAUAUCAACGGACUCCGUGGGGCACGUAGGCAAAGGCUGAGUCCAAGCACUGUGUCUCAAUCUCAGUCUUUGGGCUCCAGUAGCAGUAGCAGCACCACCGGUGAUUCCCGCUCACACAUGCAUCCACACUCUCUCCCGCUAACACACACACACGCUUCCCCGCUGCCUCCGCAGGGAUAUGGUUGUGACCGGGGAAUGGGGGUCGGUGGUCAUCGGCGCACCACGUUGCUCAACUAUGAGAACCUUCCGUCACUCCCCCCGGUUUGGGAAUACCGUGCACUUCAGCGUGAGGAAGAAGAGGAUCAGGAUGAAGAAGAGGAUGAGGACGAAUAUGAAGAGGAAGAGGAAGAAGAAUAUGAUGAGUAUGAGUAUUCCGAAGGCCCCAUAACCCCAAAUGGAUACCAUCAAGAGAGUGGUGGCAGCAGUGGGAUUCAUCGUGAUGCCCUACAGAACUAUGUUAACACUGAACAGCUACAGCCUCCAACACGUCUUCGUCACUCUUGCCCUCCCCACUCUCACCCCCCUGAGAGGGCCAACCGAGUUUUCAACUUCGACUUCAGACGUCAGCGAGCGGGACGUGGCAGUGGCACCUGUGAGCAGCACAGCUGUCACCCGCCUCCUCCUCCCUCUCGCCAGCUCAACUACAUCCAGGUGGACCUGGAGGGCGAGCCCUCCAUUUGCUCGGGACAUGGAGGAGGGGCUCCAGUACCACAGAGACCCCCUCCCCUCAAACGUGGCAUGGCUGCCACCACCGCAACAGCUCCGUCCUCCCGCCGUGGAGAAUGCUACGCCGUGAUUGACCUGAAGAAGACAGCAGCCAUGUCCAACCUACAGAAGGCUCUCCCUCGGGAUGACGGCACCUCACGGAAGACACGCCACAACAGUACCGACUUACCUCUGUGAGAGGGAAAAAGAGAGUUACAGGUAUGACAGGAAUAAAAAUGAGGGAAAUGUUCGGGAAAGAGUGUUUUGGUGGUAUUUCCUCCCACCAUUAUAGUGAAGCCUCUAUUUUCUCAUUUUCUACACUCAUACCAACUGCUGCUUGAUGAAAUAGUAACUCCAUUGAGCCAAACACCGAACAUUUUAUUGUAUUUUUUUUUCUCACAUUUUGCGUGGGAAGGUUUGGAAGAUGAUAGUUGACUACUUAUCACCGUGGUUUUUGGUUGCUGCCUGGGCUUUGGGCCAAAGAAUUGGGUUCAGAAAAAAAUACUUCAUUCAGGAAACAAUCUGCAAUGUCUUAAUCCUUUUUUCAGUUUUGUUUUGUUUGUUUGUUUUUUCUAUUUGUCAUUUAUGGUUUGUUGAUUUAAAGGAAUAGAUCACCCAAAAACUAAAACAGCGGCUUGCUAGAUAACCAAAAUAUCAUAUAUAUUUUGAGUGAAAUUAAGAUGAAUAGAUGAUUUUUAGGUGAGCUAUUCCUUUA